GCUUUGCUAUAAGAGUCAGAAACACCUGCUGCUGCUCUGUUAGUUCAGAGGAAAGGGCAGGUCGCUUGCUGUUGACUCGGCACCGGGAGAAGGAAACAGGCAGAGAUGGCUGCAACUACUGCUCAGCCUAUGGGGAGCCUGCCCAGCGGACUGGGGAUAUGCACCACGGCCCCGGAUAUAUUUUACCUGCCUGAACUGGUUUUUGGUGGUUUGGUGUGGAUCCUGGUGGCGUCGACCCAUGUGAACCCACCGAACCCUCUGGGCUGGGUGAUGUUUGUCUCUGUCUUCUGCUUUGUCAUGACCUUCCUCUGGAUGAUCAUCUUCGCUGCUGGAGGUCAUAAGAACAGCUCUGGCUGGGCUGCUGCUGACUUUGCAUACCACGGCCUGGCAGCGUUCUUCUACCUCAGUGCUGGGGUGGACUUGGCUUAUAUCACCUUUCUGAAGAAACCAGCAGGUGACUUCAGAAUCUACCAGAUCGACAUUGCUGCUGUGGUGUUUGCCUACGUGGCCACACUCCUCUACUUCAUUCACACCAUCCUUUCCUCCAUCCGAUGGAAAAACUUCUGAAGAGCGACGCUGAAUCACACGCCUGUGUGUCCCAGCAGUACUGUGCAUCCUGUGUGUGUGUGUGUGUGUGUGUGUGUGUGUGUGUGUGUGUGUGUGUGAGACAUCAACCUGGUCAGAUUCAUGAUGAAUGUUUUAAGCAUCAUUUUGGGCCAUUUAACAAUAUUAGGCUAAGGUUGAGUGGGAGGGGAUUUGUGAAGACGCAUUAUAAAAUGAAAUGAAAGCAUGAAUAAUGAAAGAAAAUGAAGAGUUGUACCCUAGAAAUAUAUGUUCCUAUGAAAAGUGUCAGUCAUCAUACAGAUGUCUUUUUUUUUUUACCACAUCAUUUUUAGCCACAUUUAUUACGUAAGAGAAGGUUUCAUUUUAUAAUCUUUUUAGAGAACCAUGGAAUUUGCUGUAAAUGUAAUUAUAGUAGGCUGAGAUGUCAUAAAAGAAAAAUAGUCAACGUACAAAAUGAUCACCAGCAUUAAAUUAAAUCUUGUAUUUUUAUGUUUUUCUCAUAUUAGCAUCCAUGUUGAGCCUUGAACAUAUGUUCUGAUGGAUUAUGUUGCAGCACAUUGCGUUUAUUUAAAAAAAAACAAUCAAAAAAGCUAAAGAAAAGAGAGCAGAGAAACUGUUUCUGCUUGCUUCCAGUCUUCAUGCCAAUUGCCCUUAAUUGAGAGUGACAGCAAAAGGGGGGGAGGAAGAGAGGGGAUGACUCACAGCCAAAGGCCACAGGUCAGAGUUGAACCCAUAGCCACUGCAGCAAGGGUUAACACUUGGUACACAGGGUGCCAGCUCUACCAGGUGAGCUAUCCAGAUACCACUGCAACUUCAUAUUUAAUGUACCAAGAGAGUAGUAUCAGUCUUCUCAUCAUAAAGCAAAUAAGUAUAGUUCCCAAAUUAUCAAGUCUUGGUUGAAAAUGACAGUUCACCAAAUCCAUUUUUGUUACCUUUAUUACAUGGUAUGUUCUUAGAUCCAAACAGUUGCCUCUUGCUGCCAUCGGAGCCAUAUUCCUACCCUGAUGAAUUGUAUGUUUUAGGUGUAAUAACCUCUGGCUGAAAUUUGUACAGUUUUGCCAUUUUUGUAUUCUCAAGAUUAAAACAAGAUCUCAA